GCCUCCUGGCCCGUCGCCGGCCUGCCCCAACCCGCCGCCCGCCUGCCUUGAGAGCCCGCCGCCGCCGCCACCCGACGUUCCAGCACCUGCCUGCCCUCGCCGAGCCAACCACUCCACGGCACAGCACUCGCGGCUCCGCCCAGCUCACGCCGUCACGCUCACGCCAGCUGCUCGCCUGCUCUGCUUCACGGAUCCGGAGGCUGACGCGGCGCCGUCCGUGCCAGAUUAGCCUCGCUCCCUCGCCAUGUCCGGCGCCCACGCCCGGGAGCUGGAGCGCGCCGCGAUAGGCCGCGCCAGGUCGGGGAACCUCGGCCUCCACGACGCGCUCAAGCUGUUCGACGAGUUGCUUCUCCAUGCCAGGCCUGCCUCGGUUCGAGCCUUGAACCAGUUGCUUAGUGUUGUGUCUCGCGCGAAAUGCUCAUCGUCAUCCAAGCUCGCUGUCUCCCGCUUCAACCGAAUGCUCCGUGACUGCUCCAACAAGGUGGCUCCCGACUGUUGCACCUACAGCAUCGUCAUUGGCUGCUUCUGCCGCAUAGGCCGCCUGGAGCUUGGCUUCGCCGCCUUUGGCCUCAUCCUUAAGACGGGCUGGAGGGUGGAUGACAUAGUCGUCAAUCAACUGCUCAAGGGUCUCUGUGACACCAAGAGGGUGGGCGAGGCCAUGCACGUAUUGCUUCGACAAAUGCCUGAAGUUGGAUGCAGGCUGGGUGUAGUUUCAUACAACACACUUCUCAAAGGUUUAUGCGACAGAAGGAGAGCUGAGGAGGCACGGGAGCUGCUGCACAUGAUGGUUGAUGGUCAAGAUAGUAGCUGCUCACCAGAUGUGGUGUCAUACAACAUCGUCAUCAACGGUUUCUUUAAUGAGGGUCAGGUGGAUAAAGCUUACAGCCUGUUCUUGGAAAUGGGUGUUUCACCAGAUGUUGUGACAUACAAUACAAUCAUUGAUGGCCUGUGCAAAGCUCAAGAGGUUGACAGGGCCGAGGAUGUCUUUCAGCAGAUGGUCGAAAAAGGUGUUAAGCCAAACAAUGUGACAUACAAUACAAUCAUUGAUGGCCUGUGCAAAGCUCAAGAGGUUGACAUGGCCGAGGGUGUCUUUCAGAAGAUGGUCGACAAAGGUGUUAAGCCAAGCAAUGUGACAUACAAUACAAUCAUUGAUGGCCUGUGCAAAGCUCAAGCGGUUGACAGGGCCGAGGGUGUCUUUCAGCAGAUGAUUGAUAGAGGUGUUAAGCCAGACCAUGUGACAUACAAUACAAUCAUUGAUGGCCUGUGCAAAGCUCAAGCAAUUGACAAGGCCGAGGGUGUCUUUCAGCAGAUGAUUGAUAAAGGUGUUAAGCCAGACAAUUUGACAUACACUAUAAUCAUUGAUGGCCUAUGCAAAGCUCAAUCGGUUGAUAGGGCUGAGGGUGUCUUUCAGCAGAUGAUUGAUAAAGGUGUUAAGCCAAACAAUGGGACAUAUAAUUGUCUCAUCCAUGGAUACCUAUCAACAGGACAGUGGGAAGAGGUGGUUCAAAGGAUCAAAGAAAUGUCUGCACAUGAUCUUGAGCCAGAUGUUUUUACUUAUGGUUUGCUUCUGGACUAUCUAUGCAAGAAUGGAAAGUGCAAUGAAGCUAGAAGUUUAUUUGAUUCUAUGAUUAGGAAGGGCAUAAAACCUAGUGUUACUAUCUAUGGCAUUAUGCUUCAUGGAUAUGGUAAAAAAGGAGCUCUUUCUGAGAUGCAUGAUCUCCUAAAUUUGAUGGUAGCAAAUGGUAUUUCACCUAACCAUCGCAUCUUCAACACUGUGAUCUGUGCAUAUGCUAAAAGGGCAAUGAUAGAUGAGGUGAUGCAUAUAUUUAUCAAAAUGAAGCAGCAAGGUUUGAGUCCAAAUGUUGUCACUUAUGGAACAUUAAUAGAUGCACUUUGCAAGUUGGGAAGAGUUGAUGAUGCCGUGCUCCAAUUCAAUCAGAUGAUCAAUGAAGGGGUAACUCCUAACAAUGUAGUUUUUAACUCUCUUGUUUAUGGACUUUGCACUGUUGACAAAUGGGAGAAGGUUGAAGAAUUAUUUCUCGAAAUGUUGAAUCAAGGGAUUCGCCCUGACAUCGUGUUCUUCAACACAGUAUUGUGUAACUUAUGCAAAGAAGGACGGGUUAUGGAGGCCCGGAGGCUCAUUGACUCGAUGGUUUGCAUGGGUUUGAAGCCUGAUGUUAUCUCAUACAAUACAUUAAUAGAUGGCCACUGCUUUGCUAGUAGAAUGGAUGAAGCGGUGAAGUUACUUGACGGUAUGGUCUCAGCUGGCUUGAAACCUAACAUUGUUUCCUAUAAUACAUUACUUCAUGGCUACUGUAAAGCUGGCAGGAUAGACAAUGCAUAUUGUCUUUUCCGAGAAAUGUUGAGGAAGGGAGUUACGCCUGGAGUUGAGACUUACAAUACUAUACUGAAUGGUUUGUUUAGGAGUGGGAGAUUUUCUGAAGCAAGGGAACUCUACGUCAAUAUGAUUAAAAGUAGGAAACUGUGGUCCAUUUGCACAUACAGUAUAAUUCUUGAUGGGUUUUGCAAAAACAAUUGUUUUGAUGAAGCAUUCAAAAUAUUUCAGAGCCUCUGUUCUAUGGAUCUUCAACUUGACAUAAUUACUUUUAACAUCAUGAUUGAUGGUUUGUUCAAAGGUGGCAGAAAGGAAGAUGCCAUGGAUUUGUUCGCUGCUAUCCCUGCUAAUGGUUUGGUUCCAAGUGUUGUGACCUACCGCUUAAUAGCAGAAAAUCUCAUAGAAGAAGGAUCGCUAGAGGAGUUAGAUUGUCUGUUUUCAGUAAUGGAAAAGAGUGGUACUGCUCCAAACUCACAUAUGCUAAAUGCUCUAAUUAGGAAGUUGUUGGACAGAGGUGAGAUACCGAGGGCUGGGGCUUACCUCUCCAAACUUGAUGAGAAGAACUUCUCACUUGAGGCUUCCACUACUUCCAUGCUUAUAUCACUUUUCUCGAGGGAGGAAUAUCAGCAGCAUGCAAAGUCCCUGCCUGAAAAGUGUCGUUUCUUCAAUGAAGCCAACAAAUGAGUGGUGAAAAAAAAAGAGUUUAGUUUUUUUAUCCAUGCUCUGUGGUAUGCUUUGAAUGAUGGAAUUCUUUAGAGAAAUAUUCUUUCCUGACCUAUAUCAUGAAUCAGUGAAAAUAUAUGAAUAUGUUCUGUUUGCAAUACAUCUUUACUUUCAAUUCUCUUAACAAAGAAUUUGCUAAAUAUUCUCUUGCUUAGAAAUUGAACUGACAUAAAAAAUAACUGUAUUCUUGAAACUUGGUGUAUUCAUUUAGGUUUUUCCAUACACCAUUUCUGUCUGAGCCCCUCCACUCCCUUUGAUCUUCCAUUUAUUGAACCUCAUGUGGAAAUGAUGGGUGAUUCCUGUUGGAAGAGGGUGUUUAUCUCAUGAGUGAUACAAGUGCUGGCAAUGGAGUAAGAUGCGCGCACACACACCAGGAGGUAGUUAGCAGACAUCAGUUGCUCGCUAAUGGAAGGAAAUUACAGGAGUUCUCUAAUUACAGAAGCUUGACAAAAGCAAAUCUCUGGGAUGAUUAUUCUGUAUAUGAACACUGGGCCAAAAUUGAGGUACCAAUUUCUACUAGUAGUUUCAAGAUUUUUUCCAGACAUUUUUCUGUUCUUUCCUAGACUUCUUUGAACACUUGAAUGAAAAUAUCAUCAGUCUGGUUAAUUUCUAAAGUAUGAUCUCUUAACCUGCACUGAUACCUGGCUGAGCUCUUUAUUUGCAUAAAUUCCUUUCAAAAGACAAGGACAAACUUCCUGAACUCUCGGAUAGGCUUAGGAAGCGUUUCCCUGGGGAUGCAUAUAACAGGGUACGCAUGGAGCUGGACCCCACAGGAACCCUAGCAAAGCCAAGUAUGAAGGGUCUUGAUUAUAUAGAGAAGUUGCUGCAGUUGAUUGAAAAGGAGGAUAUACCCGCACCUGGACCUAUUGAGCAGCGUUGGACUGCCUGCAGCAAGAGUUCAAUGUUCCCAGUAUCAAGCUCUGAAGAAGAUGGUGUGUUUUCAUGGGUUGGUAUACCAACAUCAGAUGCUUGCCAAUGGACGGAAAUUAUAGAGGAGUUCUUCAAUUACAGGAGCCAGGCACAAAAUCUGUGGGAUGAUUAUUCUGCCCAUGAACACUGGGCCAAAACUGAGGUACCAAUUUUACUACUAGUUUUGAGAUUUAUUCAGACAUUGUUGGCGUCAUUCCCGGCCAGCGCCCCGCAUGCCUCCGCCUUUGGCAUUGUUGUUUUUAGCUCCCUUGUUUAUGGACUCUGCUCUGUUGACAAAAUGGGAGAAGGUUGAGGAAUUAUUUUUCCAAAUGUUGAAUCAAUGGGCUUGCCCUAACAUCAUUUUCUUCAACACCAUAUUGUGUAACUUAUCCAAAGAAGGAUGGAUUAUGGAAGCCCGGAGGCUCAUUGACUCGAUGACUAGAAGAUUUUCUGAAGCAAAGGAGGAGCCUGACACACUCAAACCUCUGGGAUGAUUAUUGUGCAUAUGAACACUGGGCCAAAAUCGAGGUACCAAUUUCUACCGCUAGUUUCAAGAUUUUCCAGACACUAUUUCUGUUCUUGCCUAGACAUCUUUUAACACAUGAAUGAAAAUAGCAUCAGUCUGGUUAAUUUCAAAAAGUAUGACCUCUUCACUUGCACGAAUACCUGGCUGAGCUCUUUACAUCUGGAUAAAUUUCAAGCCUGAUUAGCAAUAAAAACUGGCUAGCUGAUCAAUCCAACUACCGAAACAUCGAUUUCAGUUUACAGUUGAAGCUGGCUAGCAGAUAGAUCCAUUGUCCCUUAUUUUCAAUUUUAAGGCUACUGCUUUGCUAUGCAGAGUUCAGACAAUGUAAUGUACAAGUAUGCACUAUAAGAAGUACACUUGAUAACUCAUAUGAAAAUUUUGCACUAACUGCUUGCUGACAUCAUCUUCUGUUCUAGUGUUUCAGUGGUGGAAAAAAACAUAACUGUCAUUUGUAAGCAUAGUUUCACUAGUAGACAGAGAUUAUUAAGUACAAAUGCUCACCUUCAUAAUAUGCAAAAAUUCACUUCUGUAUUUUAAUAUAUAUGCUGUGAGUUAGGGAUGCCUUGCAUUUCCUAUCUGCACAGAUUGAUGCACUUAGCCCUGGAAAAUGGGUAGCAGCUAGAAUCUUAUAUGAUAGCAAUAAUUAAGUAGUACCUUGGAAGAGAAUACAGCUGCUGUGAGCUUUGCCAGAGUGAAUCAUGCUCAAUGCUAAAAUUUCAGAGACUAAAAUUUCACUGAUAUUAUAAAGGAAAUGACAGAUUAAAAUUUCACUUUGAAGUAAACUUUUGAUGGAACAUUUAUAAUCUCACAACCCAGUCUCUACAAGUAUGACCCAAGAUGAUGAAAAGUCUGAACAUCUUGCUGCCAUGAAAUGAUUCAAGAAGAUGCUUUUUCCGGAGAGCAUAUAAGUAUGUAUACUCUUUCCUUCCCUGUUUCCUGAAAAUAUAUAAGCAUAUGUAAGUUUGAACAUGUUGGGCCAGUGUCAUUUUGUGGAUGAGGCCUUUCCUGUUUUGAUGUUAUAUGCCUGAUAGCUGGUUGCUAUUAACUAGAUAAGAUCUAAGAUGAUCUUGUUUCUUGCAUUUAUGACAACCUGGUGAAGCAGAAGAUCAAUAUGGGGAACAUGUUACCUAUGCAGCAAGCUGUUGUACCAGAUAGCACGUUGUUGUUGUGAUCAUGUCACAGGUCAUGAUACCUGUAAUGCUGGUCAUGAUACUCUGUAACUAUAUAUGAGACCUAUCGCUGUUGUUCUGUGAAAUUGCAAACCAAUUAUAUGGUUCUUUGAUUAUAGUCCAGUUGCUUGACUUUAGACUUAGUGGUCUGUACAUUUUUUUUUCUCAAGUGUGAACUCUUUUAUUGCAUUGUGAACUGAUGUUGCUGAGUGCAAGCUGCUGCCGUGGGUAUGAAUUA